AUGAUGGAGCCCGGCGACACCAAGAGUCUGCAGCGGAGUGACAGCGAAGAAAGUGGGCGGGGCCUCAAGGUUCUCCCGGUUCCCCGACGGCCCGUCAUCACCAACAUCACCUGCGACUCCUUCAACAUCAGCUGGGAGAUGGAGGGGGGGGGCAACAUCACUCACUACUUCAUCGACCUGAACAAGAAGGAGGAACCCAAGGAGAACCACUUCAAACACAAGGACGUCCCCACUAAGCUGGUGGCGCGGGCGGUUCCUCUGCCGAUGACGGUGCGCGGCCACUGGUUCCUGAGCCCCCGCACGCAGUACAGCGUGUCGGUGCAGACGGCCAGCAAGCAGCCGGACGGAGAGUACAGUGUCUCCAUCUGGAGCGAGAGCAGCCACUUCUGCACCGCAGGUCCCUGAACGCACCUCCGGGUCCCUGAACA